UCUUUAAUAACACUGCUGCCAUUGGUGGAGGCUCCGCUGUCCCCUUGGGUGUAAUACCUCGAUCUCCGCUCCCUAUUGGCUGAAGGAGAAACUGUGGCCGGGCGCCAAAAGUGGCAAGAUCCCUGCCAUUGAAAAUUCAGCUGCUGAAGAACGCAUUCUUUCAUGCUUAGAUGAGUUGAAUGUUUAGCACCAAACUUCCACAAAACCAUCAGCCUCUGAAAGUUCCCUUUCAGGUUACAUUUCAGCCUGGGCAGUGUGUUAUAAGCCAUUCCCCGGACAACAUGAAUGAAGGGGCCAGCUCUGGAGGAGAGAAACAGGAGCUGAAAUUCAAGAGAGUGAUCUUGCAGGACCAGAACAAGCCAGAAAAUAUGAUCCAAAGGCAACAGGUGAUCCGGCUUACCUAUUUGAUUACAGCCAUGGACCUGACCUGCUUGUUCAUGCAGAUUGGGAUCAUUCCAUACUUGGCGAAGAGCCUGGGAUUGGAUUCAGUUGAAUUUGGCUACCUCCAGACAACCUUUGGCGUUCUACAACUUCUGGGAGGUCCUAUUUUUGGAAGGUUUGCUGACCAGUUUGGCACCCGAGCUGCAUUAACUCUUUCAUAUCUCUCUGGAUCUGCCUUCUUUCUGCUACUGUCCAUCUCCACCAGCGUCCCACUUCUCUUCCUGUCCAGAAUUCCAUCCGUGUUUAUGCAUGGGCUACCAGGUGCUCAGAUGGUCAUUACGGAUCUGACUACUCCUGCUGAGCGUGCAGAUGCAUUAGGGAAGCUUGGACUUUGCUUUGGAGUAGGAGUAAUCAUUGGAUCAUCCCUGGGUGGGACACUCAGCACAAAAUUUGGCACAUACUUUCCGUCGUAUCUUGCGGUAGUGGCAAGUCUCAUAAGUGCAAUGAUAGUUAUGACCUGUAUCCCUGCUCACACCAAACCAAAGUCAGAAGGACAAGCUACGCAGCAGCGCACAUCACAGUCCAGUGUGUUUAGUCUCAAAGAAAUCCUACGCCUGCUGAAGCUUCCGGGAGUAAAGGAAGUGUUCUUAAUCAAGGUCUUUUCCGGACUCCCUACAGGUUUGUUCCUGGUUAUGUUUUCCAUCAUCUCUAUGAAUUUCUUUGGGCUGGAGGCAGCACAGACUGGAUAUCUGAUGUCAUAUUUUGGUGUUCUUCAAAUGGUUGUUCAGGGUCUGGUAAUUGGAAGACUAACUAGUCGCUUUACAGAGAGGACCCUGAUCAUGUUGAGUGUCUUAGUCUUCAGUGGAGUGGGCCUUGCUAUGGCGCUGAUGACCAACGUGUUCCAUUAUUGCAUCAUUGCUCUCCCCAUGGUAUUUGCACUCUGCACUAUGGGCAUCAUUACGGACAGCAUUCUCACCAAGUCCGUCCCUCCUUCUGACACUGGUGCCAUGCUUGGGAUAUGUGCAUCUGUUCCUCCCCUGACACGGACAGUGGGCCCAACACUAGGUGGAAUUUUGUACAAGAUGUUUGGAGUCUCAGCCUUUGGUUAUUUGCAACUGGUUGUCAAUAUAGCUCUGUUUUUGUAUAUUUUUAAGAAUAAAGUACCCCAGAAUGAGGAGAAAGUUCAGUAAUCCAGGCUACGUGUAAAUCUACUUUAUCCACAAAAACUAAAAUGUGCAAUGUUUAUAUAUCAGGACUUUUACCUCUAUCACCCCAGAUUGAAAAUAAAAGUAGCUUUAAGCCAA